AUGCUCUGCUAUUUGCCCUCUCGCUUUUCUUCCAUGGGAUUCGAGCUCUUGCUUGAUUGAUUUCUUGCUCGCGAUUUCAACUUUAUCGGGAUGGAAACCUAUUCAUCGGUCGACUUUUCCCUAGUGCCGCCCACUGGUGGCUGGAGCUAGUUCUUUAUCUCCUCUUGUUGUUUGAGUAGUUGAUUGAAUCGAGUUGGAGAGUAACCUAUCAACGAGGCGCCGGUGUCCAGUUCCUGUUUGCCCUCCUGCGCUGCAGAGUAGCUAGCGGCGGAGGUGUCUUUCUUGCUUCAUGGAGUCGCACCAGCAGAUGGACGCGGCGGUCUCGGCGCCGGCGCCGGCGGCGAACGGGGCCGGGGAGCUGAUCGGGUACGUCGACGUGCACGUGCGGAGCGCGCGGGACAUCCAGAACAUCUGCAUCUACCACAAGCAGGACGUGUACGCGCGCCUGUCGCUGCCGGGCGAGGGCGCGCCGGCGGCGUCCACGCAGGUCAUCAACGGCGGGGGCCGCAACCCGGUGUUCGACCAGUCGGUGCGCGUCGGCGUGCGCGCGGGGGACCUCGACGCCACGCUCCGCUGCGAGGUGUGGAUGCUCAGCCGGGUCAAGAACUACCUGCAGGACCAGCUGCUGGGCUUCGCGCUCGUGCCGCUCCCGGACGUCGUCGCCGCCGAGGGCGGCACGCUCGCCGGCGAGUUCACGCUCUCCACCAGCGACCUCUUCCACUCCCCGGCCGGGUUCCUGGAGCUCGAGCUCGCUUACAUCGGGGUCGUGCCCGAUGUCAUCCCCGUCUCGCCCACUCCCAAGCCGGCGCUGGCCGAUCCCGACGAGUGCGAGGACGCCGGCGAUGACGGUGCCGCGAAGGACUACGAGAACAUGGAAUUCCCUGACAUGAAUCUCGUGGAGGAGAACAAGAUGAUGCUCUCGGAGUAUGUUGGCCUGCCGUGCACGGCUGUGCAAGCGCAGAGCAACGAGAGCCUCCUGACCUCAGAGGACGUUGACGGCGAGGAGUCCCACGACGCCGGCGUGCGCGUCGUGCAGAGCUUCUCCACGGACAACAGCACCGCCGACUCGGCCGGCGCCUUCCGGAGCGACACGCCGCACAGCAGCGUGUCCACCACGGAGUCCCCCGCCGCGGCCGUCCCGGCCACUCCGCAGUCCAACCCGUCAGAACCGCCGGGGAACGCGCUGUCAUCAGCAGCAGCAGGGCAGAAGGAGAAGGCCUCGGACGCUGCGGAGGUCGAUUCGUCCCACACCGUCCAGGAGAGCCCGGCGGUGGACUCGCCGGGCACCAUGUCCGAGACCGCGGUGGACAAGCCGCCGCCGGCGAUGACUUUCAACUUCGAGCAGGAGGUGCAGGUGAACCAGAAGGAGAUCAUGGACAUGUACAUGAAGAGCAUGCAGCAGUUCACGGAGUCGCUGGCCAAGAUGAAGCUCCCGUUGGACAUGGACAACGGCAGCGACAAGACCGGCGGGAACGACGCCGGAGCCGCCACUUCCCCCGCGGACUCCAGCGGCACCGACUCGAGCGCGGCGACCAAGAAACCCACGCCGCAAGACAAAUCUCCCAAGGUGUUCUACGGAAGCCGAGCCUUCUUCUAGACUAGAAGAUGGCGAUUUGCAGUCAUCGAUCCCAACAGCUGAAACCUCGUAGUAGCUCAGGGGAAUAACACUUUUCUCAUAUGUUGUUGUUCUAGUUUUUGUCAGAUCGCAAGACACACGCGGAAAUUAGCUGCUCUGUCUGAAGUUUAAUCAAUGUAUCACUACUCUACUGAAA